AUUAAGAGUUUUGCAACAGAGCGAGUUUGAAACAGUGCUAAAGCAGAUCAGGUAGCCGUAAUUGCUGAUUAAAAGACAAGAGGAGGAAGAAGCUAAAGAAAAAGUGACAGAAAGGAAAGGGGUAAAGGGAAGUGCACUAAGUAAAGGGGGUUCAGAUAUAGGUAUCUUCUUGUUUACCUGUGGGGUUUCAGUAUCCAAUUUGUUGUCAUCUGUUUGACCGGCAGAUUGCAGGAACACACUGAGGGGAACCACAAAACAAUGAGGCAGAAGAAAGAAAGUCAUACACAUCUGGAAUGGCAUGAAAACUAAUGCCCAGGUUCCUGAAGACAAUACUACACCAUUAAACCCAACACAUCAAGUGCCUCGACCUGGUAAGCACAGAAAACCCAUGACUGCUCCACAGGCCCAGGUGGCAAAAAGGCCAUCCAAGAAAAAGAUUGUCAUUACAGUCCUGAUCGUUUUGGUCAUAUUGGCCAUUCUGGCUGUGGCUGCUUUCUUCAUCAAGCAGCUGAUCGAGAGUAAGUAUUUCUUUUGCUCCAAGUCGGUGAAGUUCAUUCCACUGGAGAAUGCCUGUGAUGGCAAGGCGGACUGCAGCGGAGCCGAGGAUGAGUCAACCUGUGUAAAGAAGUAUAGAGCCAACUCCACCUUCCCCUUACGGCUGAUCACAUCACGUAAUGUCCUUCAAGUAUACAACCCUAAUGAGAGUAAAUGGAAAAGUGUAUGUUCAGAGGGUUUCACCAAAGAACACGCUGAGGCCGCGUGCCAACAGCUGGGAUACUCGGCUAAUCCUUCUUUCAGCACAGUUGAAGUGGGUCUCUUGUCCUCUUAUCUGAAGUUGUCUUUCUGUACUGUGGGCUCAAGUAAACCCCAGACAUUUGUGUCUACCAUCUCAGAUCGCAAGGUAUGCAGUUUGGGAACAGUUGUCACAUUAAGAUGCUCAGUCGAGUGUGGUGUGAGCAGAAACCAGAACCGGAUUGUAGGUGGACAGGAUGCAAUCAUUGAGAACUGGCCCUGGCAAAUCAGCCUGCAGAGCAGUGGCCAGCACACAUGUGGAGGGACACUGUUGACUUCACGAUGGAUAGUCACUGCAGCCCACUGCUUCAAUGGGGAUGGUAAGAAGGAGCUGAGCAGAUGGAAGGUGGUCUCUGGAAACACAUAUCUGGGAUCUUCUGGGUCUUCUUCUGUGGACAAGGUCAUCAUCAAUGGAGAUUACAGCACUGAACAGAAUGACUACGAUAUUGCCAUGAUAAAACUGCAAUCUCCGAUUACUUUCGGAGAAUCCCGUAAGCCAGUGUGUCUGCCCCCUCAAGAUCUUGGCCUUAAAGUAGGAGACAACUUAGUCGUGACCGGCUGGGGCCAUCUGAAGGAGAAAGGUAGCCUGUCUACAAACUUACAAAAGGCUCAGAUCCCUCUGAUAGACCGUGCUCAGUGCGCAAGUUCCACAGUCUAUGGUAACAGUGUGACUCCCAGGAUGAUCUGUGCGGGUUAUCUAGCGGGCAGUGUGGAUGCAUGCCAGGGUGAUAGUGGUGGUCCUCUGGUGUAUUUAUCUGACCGUUGGGUGUUGGUGGGAAUCGUGAGCUGGGGUGUGGGCUGUGCCAGACAAGGUCGUCCUGGUGUCUACACCAAUGUGGACCAGAUGCUUGACUGGGUCCAUUCGGUCAUGCAGGAAUUUCAGUGAGUCUGAAGGGAAGGAGGACACAUCCGAGACAAACCCACAGCAUUCAUCAUGGAUCCACAAAGAUCUUCAGUACACAAGAGAUGUCAGACAGAAGACCUCUACACACAUACUGUACAUUCAAACUCAAUUUACACAGAUCACUGUGGGAGUAUUUGGUCUGUGCUCAGGGUCUCGUGAUACUCUCAAAAGUGCCAUGAGUCAAAUUUUGCACACUGAAAUAUAUAAUUUAUAAAUAUGCACAGCGAAUAAUUGCUAAAUAUGAAGAGAUGAAUAAAUCAGUUCUUCUGGGAACCACCACUGCUUUUGUGGACCGCAGCAAUGCACUGUUGUAAAUCAAAGUGAUGUCACUAUAAGUGAUAUGUAAAAAGAACUAGAGCACUUUAAUGUGAUUUUUGGUGCCAUGCUAUAAUCUUAAAUGAAAGCCUAUGCUCAAUUGUGUCUGCCAAAACACCUUGGUGCAUUUACAAUGUUAUAAACAAAGAUGUUAUGUCAAUCAUCAAAGGUCUUAAUGUGCAUGUAAUAUCAGAAAUGGAAUGUCAGCUUAUGGUAUCAGUAGGCCCACACAGAAUCCCUUAACAUUUUUGGCUUAUUGAUUGUGAUUCCACUUAAAGUGUAGCUGCUACCAUUUCCGUUGAACACAUUUUACUAAAUUAGGGAAGAAAUUGUCUGCAUAAUUCUGUCUGGGCCUUCAUAUCAUUCUUGCAGAGUGUUGUUUACCUCUAUUUCAUACAGUUGCCUUUGUGGGUUAGUAUUACACUAUAAGACUCAUUUUGAUCAUAUAAUGUAUAUUUCUUAUUCCACGCAAAGCUGUUUUUCAUGCAAAUGUACAUAUUUUAAACUUGAAAUAAUCAGUUAAUUUAUGGAUGGUGGUUGUUAAUAUACUUGUAGAAGAAAAGUUUUUUUUUAAAUGUACAAUAUUGCAUUUUUGUUUUUUGUUUUUUUUUUGUCUUUUUAACAUGCCAGAUGCAUUAUAAUAAAGUGAAGAGUGGUGAACUGCAAGUUUUGUCACCAGAUUA